CUCUGGGCCGGCUCCGCCGCGGCUCGGUGGUGGGUUUCCCCUCACGCGGAAGAGCGGCCCUGAGGCGGCGGCGGCGGGAGCAGGUGGCGUGGCCCUGCCUCCGUGCUGCACAUCUGGUUGUCUGCUCUCUGGUCAUGUGAAUAACGUCCGUCUACUCUUCGUGUGAAAUUAGUGCGACUCUGCCAUUUCUCACAAGCCAGGGGAAAGAUGACCAGCAUCCUGCCUUCAGUAGGGGAUGGAUAUUGCUAUUACAUCCUGACAGAUGACUGUACCUAUGGCAGCAAGUACUUUCAAGCUGGGAACAUGUGCUACUGCAGUGAGAGAAGUUACCUGCGCAACUUCUCCGAUGACAGGCCCCCUGCUUGUUUCCUCAAAGUUGUCAUGUUGGAUGACAGCUCCACCGUCACAAUAAACGUAGAAAUCCUUGAACCUGUGCGUGAGGAGACAGCCGUCUUCCUCCUGGCCAUCAGCAGCCACAACGAACGUUUGAACUACUUCCUGGAGAGGCUGAGCCUUGAAGCUGCUCUGAAGGCUACGCUUGGCCAAAAAGUGAUGGUGGAGGUUGACCGGCAACAAUUCCCUGGUGUCAUCCGCUACAUUGGGAGCAUUCACAAAAAUACUUCGUCUGUGCUUUCUCCGUUCUUCUUUGGGGUGGAGUUACAGGGUGAAGGUGAAAGCAGAGGGCGCAGUGAUGGAUCUUACCAUGGCACUGAGUAUUUCAAGUGUAAGCGGAACUGUGGGGUCUUCCUGCCAUUUAACAGAGUCCAGUUUACUCCUGUGCCUGACAACGACUAUGCGAAACAGAAGCCAAAGCCAGAUGCGGAGGAGGUGGUUCCUGUGAAAGUGGGAGAUGCAGUUAGUUUCUACGUGGAUGAGGCCCUCACAAAGGGAAUAGCAAUGGCGGUUUACAGGGAGGGAAGCCAGUGGUUCGUUAAAGUUUGUCCGGAAGAAGAAGGAACAACUGACAUUUUCAGAGAAAUCCCUAUGGACUCUGUUGUGAAGGAAAGCUUGCUCUCUCAAAGUUUAUUUUUACCAUAUGAGCCUAACAUGGGCUUGGGACACCCAAAACAGAUGAAACAAGAGAUAAGCGAGAGCGAUGAGGAUUGUGAAAGUGGGAAUUCAUCCCUGGAGGUGAACUCCAUGGUCCAGAUCACCUUGGACAAGGGAAAUCGGGUUUCAGGAAUCAUCCGCUGGUUGGGGUACCUACCCCAAAUUAAGCACAAAAUGGCAGGAGUUGAACUGGAUGAAGACAAGGGGGUCACAGCUGGUGAAUGGCUGGGCAAAUAUUAUUUCCACUGUGCUCCAAAGCGUGGCCUCUUUGUGAAGCUGCAGUCGUGCCAGCCGGAUGUUCGCUUUCAGUGUUCGCACAACAGUGACCUGAAUCUUAUGGAUUAUAGAGGGCAGGAAGUUCUUCCACAGGUUCUGGUCAAUUUUCCUCCCCUCAGGAACGAGGUGGCAGUGCGUGUCCUGUGUGGACGGAUGAAGGGGAUUCAAGGCCACUGUAAUUCCUGCUAUAUGGAUGCAGCUCUCUUCAGCCUCUUCUCCUGUACGUCCGUGCUGGACUCCAUGCUCUUCAAGCCCUUCCCCCUGUGCGACAGGAAUGUCCAAAACAUUCUGCGGGAUGAAAUUGUUAAUCCCCUCCGGAAGACUGGUUUCGUCAUGGCCAGAAGUGUGAUGCACCUUAGGGAGCAGCUAACUGAGAAGGGCCAGUGUUCGAGCUUUACCACCGCUGAGAAAGAUCCUGAAGAGUUCCUCAAUCUGAUAAUGCAUCAGAUCCUGGGAAUAGAGCCACUCUUGAAACUGCAGUCCGGAGGCCAGGAGGAGCAGGACUGUUACUGUUACCAGAUAUUUAUGGACAAACAGGAGGAUCUGGUGGUUCCUGAUGUGCAGCAAUUAGUAGAACACUCCUUCCUGUCCUCCGAUCUGAAGCUAGUGGAGAUCCCAUCUUGCUUCAUUAUCCAAAUGCCACGUUUUGGGAAGGAAUAUAAAAUGUUCAGCAAAAUCAUUCCUUCCUUAGAGCUGGAUAUAACCGAUCUGCUGCUUGACAGAGAAGGUGCAUUGCAGGUGAGACCUAGAGAGGACGCGUCCCGUGCCCCUGUUGCCUCUGCAGGUCCCAGGGAGUGCUGCGUGUGUGGCGAUGUCGCCACCCUGGAGUGUUCCGAGUGUUUCAAAGACAAGAUAUUCGCAGCUACGGGCCUGAAGCAGUUCUGCAGCUCCUGCUCCAGACAGGUUCACUCCCAUUACCGGCGCAAAGCGCACAAGCCAACCAGGUUGCACGUCCCUGAAGAGUUUCACAGCAGGAGCCCCCGGGGCAGCCAGCAGGUUCCCCGCGAGAAGAUGGAGCUCUUUGCAGUACUCUGUAUUGAGACCAGCCAUUACGUCUCCUUUGUGAAAUACGGCCCCGAGAACGAACACUGGAUGUUCUUUGACAGCAUGGCUGACAGGCACGGAGAUGAAAAUGGCUUCAACAUUCCCAUGGUAACGCUGUGCCCUGAAGUUGCCAAAUACCUGGACUUACCACUGGCUGCGCUGGCCCUGGAGCAACCCCGGGACAUGGAUGGAGUGGCCAAACGCCUGUUCUGCGACGCCUACAUGUAUAUGUACCAGAGCAAGAAGAUGGAGCUUUACAAGUGAUGUUGCCUUGGGCUGGUGCUGCCGUGCAGAGCAGCGAGAUUUCAGAAACGUGAGCGUGGAUCAAACCUGCAGCUGUUAAUCGGUGAAAGCAGCCAGAGUGCGGGUACACAGACCUCGUGCUUCUGCCUCUUCUCGCCUCUUCCAGCACCUGGCAUCAAGCUAUCUCCACGAGCCUGUCAGGGUUUGUAAAUCCUGCACCUGGCCUUACCGAGUGAUAGCUGGUACUUCUGCAGAUCUGAACUACUUAAACACAUUCACCUUUCCCACCUUCCUUAACCCACCCUCCUCCUUCCCCAGGUACUCUGCAGCUCUGGCCUCAGGGUCCUCCCACAACUUCCUUUUCUCCCCCACCAACUCUUCCCUCUGAAGGGCAGGACCAGCAGCUCUAAUCAAAACAUGAGCAGUUAUCCUCAGAUCUGCAGAGCACAAGAAAACUGGUCUCACCCUGAGUAAACACUUCCUUACAUGGACUUGCUAAGUGGGAAAACCAGGUGUGAGCUACACCAAUUGUGUUAAAAGGAUUAUGUUGCCUCAGGAAGAUGAUUUUCCUUGAGGUCUGGGAUUUCACCUCCCGCUCCCCACAAAGUGGGGACCUUUCUUCAACUGUCAUGGUCUCUGAGUUGUCAUCGAUCCCCUUAUCCAGCAGUAAUAUCAUCUCUGGCACUUUUAUCCGUCAUCUCUUAUUUUCAAGCACAAGAUUAAUUGGAUGCUUUGAGCUGGAAAUAUGCUUUAAAAAUACAUAUUUUUGUAAGAACGGAAUUGGAAAAUAGAUGAGGCAGAGGAACA